UUCUUCCUCGACCCUUCUCCCUCUCUCCUCCAUAAGUUCCAGAAACUCAAAAUUCAAAACCUUAAAGACCUCAGCUUUGAGAUCUUUAGCUAGUUUCAAAACAUAUAAGUUCUCUCUGAUGAUGUCUGGCUCGAGAUUAAUAAUCUUCGCAAUAAUCUCCGCAACCUUCUUCACCGCUGGAUCAAUCCGAUUACUCUCAGAAGAUGCAUCUUCAGACUUCAUGGAGGCUCCAGCGUACAUAAACGGACCAGAAUGCUCUGUUCUACCCCAAAACAGACUCCUCUUAGCUUGCGAUCCUUCAGCUGUUCACAUAGCUAUGACCCUUGACCCAGCUUACUUGCGUGGCACGGUCUCCGCAGUCCACUCCAUCCUCAAACACACCUCUUGCCCUCAAAACAUCUUCUUCCACUUCAUUGCUUCAGGGUCAAGCCACGUAAAGACUCUCUCCUCUGUUUUUCCUUCUCUGAGUUUCAAAGUCUACACCUUCGAUGAAACCCUUGUUAAAGAUCUCAUCUCUUCUUCCAUAAGACAAGCUCUCGAUAGCCCCUUGAACUACGCGAGAAGCUACCUGUCAGAGAUUCUUUCAUCGUGCGUUCACCGAGUGAUUUACCUAGACUCAGAUGUGAUCGUGGUCGACGAUAUCAAGAAGCUAUGGAAGACUUCUUUAACCGGUUCAAGAACCAUCGGUGCGCCAGAGUAUUGCCACGCGAACUUCACCAAGUACUUCUCAGAUAGUUUCUGGUCAGACCGUAACCUCUCUCGAGUCUUUGACUCCAAGAGUCCUUGCUACUUCAACACAGGUGUGAUGGUGAUCGAUCUUGAGAGGUGGAGAGAAGGAGACUACACGAGAAAGAUCGAAAACUGGAUGAGGAUUCAGAAAGAAGAGAGGAUCUAUGAGUUGGGUUCUUUGCCGCCGUUUCUUUUGGUAUUUUCCGGUGAGAUUGAAGCUAUUGAUCACCAGUGGAACCAGCAUGGUCUAGGUGGAGACAACGUUGUGAGUAGUUGCAGAUCUUUGCAUCCUGGUCCGGUGAGUUUGAUACAUUGGAGUGGGAAAGGGAAGCCAUGGGUAAGGCUUGAUGAUGGUAAGCCUUGUCCUGUUGAUUAUCUAUGGGCUCCUUAUGAUCUACACAAGUCACAAAGACAGUACCUUCAAUACAAUCAAGAGUUAGAGAUUCUUUGAUUCAUUUAAUUUUUUUUUUCUUGAUUCCAUGAAUUCUAUUUUUUGUUUCUUCGUAAAAAGUUUUGCUCUUCUUUUGAUGUAUAUAAAACGGAAAUACAUUGAGGAUUUACCUCUUCCAUUGAUCUAUCAGUUCUUGAUUUCGCUCAA